GCCGUGGCUGGAUGAUGUUACGCAGCCAAGCACAGCACGUGCUGCUCUCAGGAAGCCCAGGGCCUGAGGUCAUUGCAGUGAGGAGGUGGGCACAGGGUGCUCCCCAGACCUCCCUCCUCCAAGUAGAGCUGAAAUGGGAAGGAACCCCUGGGACAGCCCCUGCCCUGCUAGAUCUUUGCCUCAGAUUGCUGCUGUGGCCAGGCCCAGGAUUUCCAGCCCUAUGGCUCUGAGUCCUGACAUGCUGGGGGCCCAGGGGCUCUGGACACACUCCAUCCAGGGAUCCCUUCCUGCCAUCUGGGCAGCAACCAUGGGGACAAAGGGAGGAAGCAGAGUCCUGUUUCCUUGCCACUUGUCCAAGGCACUUCCCCAUCCUGACAGCGGCCCACACCCAGCCCAGGAUUCUGGGUUGUGGUCUCGAGCUCACUUCCCGUUAUCUUUGGGGCUGGGGCUGACAUCAGGAGGACAUCUGACUGGUGGAUGGAGCCAGCCUGGGAACAUCGCAGCUGGGGCAGUGCCUAGGGCUCUCCCUUCCCAGGGAGACAUGGAGAAGGGGGUUGAGGGAGGGCCCUUCCCUAGCCGCUGUGGCAACUCCAGUGAGCUGUUCUGGGCAAAGUGUGGCCCAAGUCGGCAGCCCCAGCCCUGCAGUGCCGGGGACGCUGACAGGACACGGGAAGAGGCCAUGCUCUCCCUCGGGACCUGCUGUUCCAUGUGUCCCAAGCCCUCCUGCUUUCCAGAUGGCCCCUCAGGAAACCACCUUUCCAGGGCCUCUGCUCCCUUGGGCGCUCGCUGGGUCUGCAUCAACGGAGUGUGGGUAGAGCUGGGAGGACCCAGCCCUGCCAGGCUGAAGGAGGGCUCCUCACGGACACACAGGCCAGGAGGCAAGCGUGGGCGUCUUGCAGCCGGUAGCGCCGACACUGUGCGCUCUCCUGCAGACAGCCUCUCCACGUCAAGCUUCCAGUCUGUCAAGUCCAUCUCUAAUUCAGGCAAGGCCAGGCCCCAGCCCGGCUCCUUCAACAAGCAAGAUUCAAAAGCUGACGCCCCCCAGAAGGCGGACCUGGAAGAGGAGCCCGUACUUCACAACAGCAAGCUGGACAAGGUUCCUGGGGUACAAGGGCAGGCCAGAAAGGAGAAAGCAGAGGCCUCUAACGCAGGAGCUGCCUGUAUGGGGAACAGCCAGCACCAGGGCAGGCAGAUUGGGGCAGGGGCACACCCCCCAAUGAUCCUGCCCCUUCCCCUGCGAAAGCCCACCACACUUAGGCAGUGCGAAGUGCUCAUCCGCGAGCUGUGGAAUACCAACCUCCUGCAGACCCAAGAGCUGCAGCACCUCAAGUCCCUCCUGGAAGGGAGCCAGAGGCCCCAGGCGGCCCCAGAGGAAGCUAGCUUUCCCAGGGACCAAGAAGCCACGCAUUUCCCCAAGGUCUCCACCAAGAGCCUCUCCAAGAAAUGCCUGCUUCUGAGCCCACCUGUGGCGGAGCGUGCCAUCCUGCCCGCACUGAAGCAGACCCCGAAGAACAACUUUGCCGAGAGGCAGAAGAGGCUGCAGGCAAUGCAGAAACGGCGCCUGCAUCGCUCAGUGCUUUGAGCUACCCGCAUCUGGUCAGUGCCAGGCCCACCAACCUGCAGCUGAAGACUGGCUCUCUAUAGCAUUUCCUGAUACUUCCACUACUUUUAGGCCUGGCUAAAUUCCAAGAUAGAUAACACUCAAGAUAGAUAAAGUACUUGAUCUCCAAACUGACAAACUGUUUAUUUUCUAGCUGUUAUUUUGCUAUUUGGCAUUUACAUAAAAGCACAUGAUGAAGCAGAUAUCGUCUUACCUGUUGAAACUGAAAAUAAAGCUUGUUUAUUUCCAA